GGGGAGAGCGGCGGCGGAGACGGCCAGUCGUUCGUGAGCCGCGGCUCGGAGCGGAGGAGAACGCGCAGCGCUGCCUAGUGGGACUCUCCGAUGGAGCUGCUGGGAAUAAAGUUUGCACCAUUGUUCGUGCCACUGGAGCGGCGCCUGCAGACAUUGGCAGCUCUAAUGUGGAUUGUGAUCCUGCCAUUUGGCGGCUUAAUGUCAUGGCUGUUGCUAGUCUACUUAGUCCUGUAUACACGCCUGCGCUACAUCGCACUUGCCUACGCUGCCUGGUGUGCCUAUGACUGGGAGGUCUGCCGUCGCGGUGGCCGCAGGUUGCAAUGGGCACGGCGAUGGCUGUGGUGGCGCUACUUUAGGGACUUCUUUCCAUUACGCCUUGAAUGUAUUGAACCAUUGGAUCCAAAUCGCAAUUACCUGUUCUGUGCAUUUCCACAUGGUGUGCUGAGUGCAGGGGUUUUUGGCUGCUUCUCCACUGAUUAUAUGGGGUGGGACAAACUUUUCCCAGGAAUUACUGUUUAUCCUCUUACACUGGAACAACAUUUCAAGGUUCCUUUCUUCAGAGAGCUCUGCUUAUCCUUAGGUGGAUGUUCUGCUUCUGCAGAAAGCAUUGGGUAUCUUAUGGACAAACCGGGAGGAGGAAAUGCUGCUGUGUUAAUUGUGGGUGGUGCAUCAGAAGCACUUAAAUGCAAACCUCGCACAUAUCGAGUAAUUCUGAAGCGACGACGAGGUUUCAUCAGGCUAGCACUGAAACAUGGUUGUCCACUGGUUCCUGUUAUCUCAUUUGGGGAGACUGAUCUCUAUGAUCAACUAGAAGGUACAAGACUUCUGAAAUUCCAGCACUUUUGCCGCAAGAUUACUGGAAUGGCACCAGUGUUUCCAAUUGGUCGUGGUUUGUUUCAGUACUCCUUUGGUAUUGUACCUCGUAGGAAUCCUGUUACUACUGUUGUUGGCUCACCAAUUGAAGUGAAGAAAGUUGAAGACCCGACACAGGAACAAAUCACUGAGCUCCACAAUAAAUUCUCUGAAGAACUUGUAAACUUUUUUGAGAAGUACAAGCACAAAUACAUUUCAGAUGCGGACAAUGUACAUUUAGAAAUUGAAGAAUAACUAUCUUAGUUGUCAGCAGAGCAUAUGACUCUGUUUUAUACAUCACUUCCAAUUGUCUGUCGUUUACAGUAUUGGAUGAUAUGCAUUUGAUUUUUUCUUGUAAUAUGAAUGCAUUCACAUUCCUGCAUUCAGUUAAUAGGAAAAGGACCACUGUUACUCCUGUUUAAAUAUGCCAGAAAUUGUACAAAUUAUUGUAAGUCAUUUUGCUCAAUGAAAUUAUUUUUUUUUUUUGUGUGUGUGUGUGUGUGUGUGUGUGUGUGUGUGUGUGUGUGAGAUUUAUAUAGUUAACUUCUGAAGCAAAACAGUCUGUAUGAUAAAUAUACAAAUUUUACUUAACUUUUGCUUAGAUACAAAUCUGCUGCAAUGCUGAAGUACAACAAUAUGUUAAAUCUAAUUUUUUUAGAUUAAAAUUUAUUGAAGAUUAAGUAUCACAUAUGAAACAGAAAACACAUUCAAUGAACUAUAAAUUGAUACCAAUAUUUUAUUUCAAACUUCUGUAUUGUGGCAGAUUUGUAAGGAGUAAACUUUUCCAAGACAGUAAUGGCUGUGAUUAGUUGUAAGAAUAGAGACAUAACUGUAAUAGAUUCAAGGGAUUAAUAUAAGUAUAAAGUAAGAAUAAAGUACAGAUUUUGUGCUGAAGAGACUUGAGAUUUAUCUUGUCAAUUUAUUACUGGUUACUCAAUUAUUUGUGUAAAUAUGGACAAAAUUAUUUUGUAGCAGCUAUUCUGAAGAGACACUAGCAUAUACUGUAUCACUUAAACCUGGUCAGUACAGAAUUCUUUUUCUUUUUGGCAAUGUGCACAGUAAAUUUUUGGUUAUGGAUAAAAUUUGUUCUAAAUAAAUUGAAAAUAUUCAAUCCUUUUGGAGAAUUUACCCAAUGUUGUU